CUCUUUGAGUAUAACGACCACCAUGAAUGGGUCGACGAUGUCCACGAAAACGACUGGGAGGCAUUAUUGUUGUUCAGAUAUCCAUCCAUGUGUCCAGGGCCGGUUUGAAGCGAUUCUAUUGGAUUUUGGCACUCAUGCGAAGGCGUACACUCAGAGAGUAACUGAUAAUCAGAGUUUCCUGUUCGAUUUUACUGGGAAGUUGUCGAAGCUGUUCAUUCUCACGUAGACUAUGUUUAUGAAGCGUCGAUGAAGCGAUAUCGUCAUAUACCGUCAAUGAGCCGUGUUGAUCCCCCCUUACAGCCGCCACUUUACAUGAUGCAAACCACCACCACAUCGCCUAGGGGCCUCCAUACUGUUUACGCCGUUGUAGACUUCAAACGAUGAACUUCGACUUGAGUUCACAUCGCUCUCAACUAGUGUUGACUGCUCUUGCUGCUUCGGCUGCGACUGCAAGUCUUUUUACUGCGUAUUCUCACCAUACUCGCAGAAGAAAAAGACGCGAUCUCGACAGCGACAUUCUCCGUUCCCUCUCAUAUCCAAGACCUGAAGUAGACUCUUGCCUUCCUUCUCCGACGGCUGCCAGCAUACACCUGCCAUCAGAAGUGUCUAGCCUUGGAAUUGACUACGAUGAAGAACUUAUCAGGGAACAGCUGGCGCGGAACUAUGCGUUCUUCGGAGAUGAAGGCAUGGCGAAAAUUCGAAAGGGAACAGUCGUUGUAGUUGGAUGCGGAGGUGUCGGUAGUUGGGCUGCCGUCAUGCUUGUCAGAUCAGGCAUCACGAAUAUUCGACUGGUUGACUUCGACUAUGUCACACUGUCGUCCUUGAACCGUCAUGCCACCGCUACCCUCGCCGACGUUGGAACGCCGAAGGUCAAGUGCGUUGAGCGUACAUUGAACCAAAUCGCUCGGUGGGUCCACGUUGAUGCUCGGGUGGAUAUAUGGAGGAAAGAGGAAGGUGGAGACCUACUUGAAGGAGCAGACUGGGUUAUCGACGCAAUUGACAAUAUAACGACAAAAGUGGAUCUCUUGAAGUACUGCUACGACAAUAAGAUUAAGGUCUUUGCGUCAAUGGGUGCUGCAGCGAAAUGUGACCCCACAAGAAUCCAGAUCAGUGACAUUUCAUACACUUUCUAUGACCCACUAGCCCGUGCCGUACGACGUCGCUUACGUCUCCAAGGCGUCUCCUCUGGUAUACCAGUAGUCUAUUCUACUGAGGUCCCUGGAGACGUCAAGCUUCUUCCUCUACCCGAAGAGGAAUUUCAGAAGGGUGACAUCAAGGAGCUCGGCGUUUUUGAUGAUUUCAGAGUGCGGAUCCUACCGGUUCUCGGUCCGCUGCCGUCGAUAUUCGGGUUGAACAUCGCUACAUACAUCCUUUGCGAACUGGCAGGCAAACCGAUCUCAAAUCCGCUUCCCAUCAAAGGUCGAAAGAAGUUGUAUGAACGAAUAUACCGGGAUCUUCUUCGUCGAGAAGAGAAGAUCGCUGGCACCGCCAUCAAGUACGAAUCCCCCUCCCGCAGAACUCCACAUAUUCAUAAUUUACGUUGUUAUAGCCGAUUACCCAUAGAUGAAGACGAUGUCGCACUCGCAUUCGAAGACAUACAUCGUGGGCGUUCUGUCGUUCCUCCACAUGCUGUUCCUACUCGGCCGGCAUUGGUGCGAUGGGAUCCAAAGUCGCCAUUAACCCUAGAUAACUGCGUUGCCAUGGACUAUGCGGAAGCGGAAAAACAUGUAAGGGAAUGUUUUGCAGAGGGUCAGGUGCCUGAAGAGGUUUGGGGCCCAGAGACUGCUGAAGUUGUGUGGCGGCGACGGGAGGAGAUCAGGAAGGUCUUGGAAUGGGUGAUGUAGAUCACUAAGCUGCGAUGAAGACCAUACAGUCUAUCGAUGAACGGAUGUGCUUAUUGAUUUAGCUUUGGACGACGUCGUCUGCACAUUGCAUAUUGAAGAGAUGGCGAGUAUUCUAAAGCUAUGAAUGGCUCUAUUAACAAAAAAAAAAAAACAAUCAGAAAGAUCGAAAGAUAUUUCUUAGGGGAAAUCGGGCUCGCACCGACGCUACGCUCUCAGUCAUCCGCUUCGUUCUGCGAACUGUUCAUCCUUUUUUUGUUAUUGAAAUAGGGUGCUUUGUUGAGAUGGUUGGCUGUAUUUUCUCGGACUCAAAGCUCAUGUCUAAAUAGAAUAGCGAGAAUGAUUUCAGGACGAGGAAAUUGAGCCCCACUUUGACGCA